AUGUCUGUCAAGCGCCAGCCAUAUGCAAACACAUGUCACAGCCAAAGUUCGUUGUCAAGCACUUCGGAUUCGCUAGACAUUGCUGUUUCCGAGAGUGAGUCAGAGUAUGUUUCAUCAGAGACUAGUGAGGAUCGGGCAUUUCUUGCUUCCGAAACGGAUGAACUCCGCUACUAUUCCGACGGUUCCUCCGAUCAUGAUCCUUUAUGGGAUGAGACAAUGAACAAAGAUGUUGAUGAGAGCAGACGUACAAGGAUUGGCGUGAAAAUUCCGACGAAAACUGUUUUAAAACGAACUUUUCGCCAAGAUCAAGGCACUUGCUAUCUAGUUCUAUGGUACUCCUGGGAAAUCCAGGAUCCACUGUGUGAUGGCGAAUAA